AUGCUUGAGACGAUUUAUAUCGCACGACAUGGCUUCAGACUAAACUGGGUUACUAACAAUUGGAAGAGUGAGACUGGACUGCCUCGAGAUCCUCCCUUAGCUGCCUACGGCGAGACUCAGGCGAAGGAGUUAGCGGAAUAUUUUGCUUCCCUUCCAGAGGACCAGAGACCGACCGCAAUAUACUCAUCUCCCUACUAUCGAUGUCUCCAGACGAUUCGGCCUACCUCUCAAGCUCUAAAUGUGCCGAUCUAUGUUGAGCACGGCCUCUCUGAAUGGUACUCACCGGUCAAAGCAGGGACAGGUCUUCAUCCCCGACCAGCCUCGGCGUCGGAGCUGAAGAAGUACUUCCCUGAGAUAGACGACUCUUGGACUUCCAUCUGGUAUCCCUCCCGCAAAGGGGAGGACGUGGAGCAAGUGCACGACAGGGUCGCCGGAUUCCUCAAGCUCUUCGUGCCUGAGGUCGAGCGCAGAUUCUCGGGCAAACACCGCCGAAUCUUGCUGGUCAGCCAUGCUGCCACCGUUAUUGCGCUCGCACGAGAGCUCCUAGGAAACAGGGGGCUUCCUCUGAGGAUCGGAUGUUGUUCGUUGACGGAACUCCAUCGCAAAGCUGGCACAGAUCGGGUGCUGGGUGCAUGGGAUGCCAAAACGCUUGGGGAUGGCGCCCAUUUGAAAGAGGGUGCCUCCCGCGACUGGGGCUUUGAGGACAUAGAGAUUGCAGACGGCAAAGUCGUGGAGGACCUGGGGGUGCCUGGUACGGAGAAUGAGAUUGACGAGCCGAUUGGUCCACAGUUACCAGAAGCGACUCAGACAGUAUCAAGGAUGUAG